UCACUUAGGUUAAUUGAUUAAAUUCAGUCGAAAAAUUUAAAACUCUCAAUCAAAUGCACUAAAUAGAGUCAAAAUCACACAAAUUACGUUAAAUAAAUAAUGAAAAUACUCCUGCUGCUCUUGGCCACAUGUGCCAUUACUCGCACCAUCUACUGUAUCGAGGAAGACGACAAUGAUUUUGCGGAUUUUGAGGAAUUUGAUGAUGAAGAGCCCGUCGAGACAGCUAAUGGUGGUGGUCAACAACAGCCACAAGUGAACAAACACAAAACGGCACCCAUUCAGGAAGAUGAUGAGGACGGCGUUGUCGAGAGCGAAGACAAUGAGCUUUUCGAAGGUUUCGACGAUGAGGAAUUCGAAGGUUUCGUCUCUGAACUCGAUGCCGAUGACAGUGACAUUCCGCAAGGACGCACGGGAGGCGUGGAGCCUGUAAAGAAGGGUGCCGAGCCAAAGAUUACAGUUGCCAAAGUUCCCAUUCACUUUCGUGACAAUUGGGACAGUUACUGGAUCGAAAUGCUGAUGCUCGUCGGCUUGUUUGCUUAUUUUUCGAACUACGUGGUCGGUCGCAGUCGCAACUCCAAAAUUGCGAAUAAUUGGUUGAACACACAUCGCAGCUUGUUGGAGGAGAAUUUUGUGUUGGUUGGCGAUGAUGGGCGCAAGGAGGGAGAGCCUUUCUCGGGCUUCGUCAAAGAGAGUGAAAGUCUUUACACGCUGUGGUGCAGUGGUCGGACAUGUUGCGAAGGCAUGUUAGUUGAGCUCAAAAUGAUCAAACGACAGGACUUGGUGUCCCUAAUUGCCGGUCUUAUGAGACCCGUGCAAGACCAAGUGCAAAUAAAAGUGGAAAUUUCUAAAGACGCCAUGGACACGUUCGUCUUUUGUGUUGCUAGCAAGAAAACCGCUACGAAGAGCUUCAAAGAAAUGAACGACUUAAGCAAAUUUUGUACUCUAGUCAAUAAACCUGAAGAUAAGUAUAAUGUACCUCAAGGAUUUAGCGUGUUGUCGGAAAUUCCCGAAGCGACAGCUGCCGUGCUAGAUUCCAAACUCCUCGCAGCCCUCAACAAAUUCGGACAUCUCAUUGACUUUAUUCAUAUCAGUGAUCAAUUUAGUGGCGUUAUUCAACAGGAAGAUCCCGGUCAAUUGAAACAAGUGGAAACUGAACGUGUCUUAAUCGCUUGCUUCAAUAUCCCACCGAAAACGGACAUGGAAACGCUAAAACCGAUGUUGAUUCUUGUCUUUUAUAUCAUGGAGCGCUUGAAGCGUUUCCGUUUGUCGCGCGAAGGCAAAAACAAGGCAGAAAAGAAUCGGGCGCGUGUUGAGGAACAAUUUUUGAAGACCACUCAUUUGGCACGUGCUGAAGCCGCUGCCUUGCGUCGCGAAGAGAAACGUAAAGCUGAAAAGGAGAAAAUAAUGGCCGAAGAAGAUCCAGAAAAGCAAAAAAAGUGGGAGAAAAAAGAAGCAAAACGCGAAAAACGCAAGAAUCAACCAAAAAUGAAGCAAUUGUCCAUCAAGGCUUUGUAAAGUGACGUACAAUCACUCAGUUUACUUUUCAUCGGUUUGUUUCGCAUUUAGAUGUUUUAUUUGAAAAAUUUUGUUUUUACUUGUAUUGCCGCAAUAAAUUCAGAAAAAUCAUUAUUUAAACUUGAA